AUGUUAGACUGGAGUAAAGAAGGUGGUUCAGGCCACUCAGGCUCACCCGUCGGAAUGGGAAUCCCAGGCGCGAUGCAAUUCCGCCACGUCGUCUCCUCGCCAGCUCCCUCCUCAUCGGAUAUGGAUCAAUUGAUAAACAUCCAUUGUAGGAG